AUGGUACUUGCUCCUGUUAUUGAAUCAGCUCAAACAAGUGUAAUUGGUCCAAUUAAAAAUAUUAGUUUGGGUGAUGAAUCAAUAUCAGAUAGUGUUCUGGACAUGUUAGAUAUUUCAUCCAUGGAGAGUAUCCAAGAAAAUCUUACAAAGAAUAUUGUGGAAUUUUGGAAGACAAUGUUUGAGAUACCACCUACUGAGACAUCUUCAUACGUGUGUUUAUCAAGCUUUGGCAAAAUUUUAGUUGGAAUUUCAGAUAAUUGCCAUAGAAAUGGCUGUUAUUCAAAAUUAAAUAUUUAUAGCAAACUAAUUUUAGAGGAAGAUUCAGAAGAAGGUUAUAAAUGUAGACGAAAUUCUAAGCUAGAAAAGAAUGAAGCUUAUAUUUCAAAUAAAUUAGACUCAUCUCCUUGUAACUGUACUUCACUUCCAAAGAUUUUAUCUAAUGCAAUUAGAAAUCAGUUAUCAGGAUCAAAUGUUUUGUGGUUAUCAUAUCUGAUGAAUUCAUUAAGCUCAUAUAAUCUAAUACAUUUGUUAUCUGAGAUCAUUUCUGAACUAGCACAAGAUAAUACUUUAAGAUUAAUACCAUAUAUCUUAAGCCUCUUUGGUGAUAUUGAUAACUCAGAAGUAACGAAACAAUGUAAUUGUAUUUUAGAUAAAAAUUUAGAGGAUUUUGGAAAUAAUGAGUAUUUAUCAUUUUGUUUAUGUAAUAGUGAUCCACAGUAUUGUGCUUCUAUAGAUUUGAGAUUUAAAAAAUAUAUAACUAAAGCUGAAUUUGUAGGUUUAACAUUUGGGGUAUUUAAUUUGAAUUGUUUUUUUGAUCAUAAUAAAUGGACACAGCUGAGACUUAUAAAGUUAUGCUUAAAUGAUGAGGAAUUUAGAAGAAAAUAUAAAUUUAAAACUCCUGGAUUUGUAGAUGGGCAAAAUUCCGAAGUUCUGACUUCUAUAAUUUCGACUAAAUUUAUUAGAAAACUUUUAGAGAGUAUAGGAUUUGAUGAAAUAUUAAUUCAGGAGAUAUUUGAUACUACGGCAGCAAUUAUUUUGUUGAGUGAGAUUGAGUUACAAUAUGAUACAAAUGAGUCUAGUGAGACAUCUACUGGCAAUAUUUCAGUCACAAAUACGAGUAUUCAUAAGUUUAGAGAAUGUGGAAAACUUUUGGAAAUAGAAGAUAGAUGUUUACUAAAACUUUUACAGAUCUAUCAAGGUGAUGGGAUGAAUCAGGGUCCAACAUCUUCAUAUACUGCAACUACUACUCCUGUAAGAUCAAGUGACUCAGUUCCAACCACAACAAACGCUUCUAUUAAUUUGUCCAAUAUGAUUUCAAGUCCUAUUAGAGUUUAUAGAAGUAUUGCAAUCCAGAAACUAAGGGCAAUUUCACUUAUAUAUAAAAAUUUGGUUGGAAAAGUUUUUACUAAGCUUGAAGAGGUCUUAAAAAGUAGAUCAGUAAGUCCUAACUCAACUGUCAAAUCAGACAUUCCUGAAAUUCCCAACUCUAAAUUGAAUUUGCACUUUAUAAAAUCUGAUUCAUUAGAAUUAUCUUUAUUAAUUGGGCUAAAUACAUCUACUAGUGAAAUUAGACCACUUUAUGAACUAUGUAGUUCAACUAUUGUUGACAAUCUGAUAUGUAGGAUGCACGAAAAAUGGCGUGAUGUAACAUAUGGAAUUUUAUUAGAUGAAAAUAUAUCUGGUGUAUUAAAUUCAAAAUAUACAUAUAUGCUUCAGUUUGUAGAUAAAAAUUAUCAGAAGCAUUUACAAAACAUUACACCUUCUAAUUUAGGUGUAAUUGUUUCAAAUCUUGUCUCAGCGAAUUCAAAUAAUAGUCAGUUUGAAUAUUGUAAGAAGAAUACCACUCAAUAUAAUAAUGAAUAUACUCUUCCAGUUGAAUAUUCAAUUAUAAAUAAUGAUUAUUAUUGCAAUUACAAUUCAAUUUCAUACUUGUUAUCAUCAUCUUAUGCUCAGAAUCAAAAUAUAGCCCUAACAAAUUAUAAUUACCAUCAACAAUAUUCAACACAUAGCUUAAAUAAUUAUUUUCGGAAUGGGAAUAACUGUUCUAACAAUAAUCUUGUGAAUUUUGGAUCUUCACUAACUAUGAAUAUUUGUCAUAGUUUUGGAGAAGUGAAGUACCUUAUCCCAAGAAGUGUCAUAAUUGAUGCUUCUCAAGGAGCAAAUGAUAUUUUAGAAAUAUUUCCUGAGUAUAAAUUUAUUGACUUGAUGUAUUUAAUUGACAAAAUAAAUACAAGUAAUGUAAUAUCUGUUGGGAUUGUUUUAAAGAGCAAUUUAGACAACUUUUCUUAUUUAAGCUACAAAUCCCAGCCUUUUAGUUUUUCUAACUUAGUAUUACCAUUUUGGUUUAAUUGGUAUCUUGGUUUAGAUAUUCAAUAUACCCACCAAGAAUUUGUCGAAUUAUAUGGUCCUUUAGUCUUUUUAUCUCCAAUUCGCUACUUCAAGAAUAGAGAAAACUGUAGUCUUAGUGAGGCAACUUCAACAUCGAAGGAUUUACGAGAACAAGACACAAUCAAUAAAAUGGGAUAUAUGUCCAAGUUGUACUUACCGAAAUCUUUCAAUAUUAAUAAUAAAUACAGAUAUGCCCUUAUAUCAAGACAUUUACUGAAUGAUUUAUCUGCACUAAGAUUUAUACCUAGGCAUACAUUAUUAGAUAUUCACAUUAUAUCAGAGGGUAUAUGUGCUACUCCUAUUGCAAAAAUGGUAUUAGAAAAUAUGAGGGAAGAUUUAUUACCUAGAAUAAAUACUUUACUAGGUCCUUGCAUAACAAUUACUGAAGUAUUUUUGGAACAUUUCCUUGAUGCUUUUGAUAGAUCAUGUGAUAUUAAUGUUUCUACCCAAGUUUUAAUUGAAGUGAGUAAAACUCCUAGGAGAACUUUGUCUAAUAUUUUGCUACUUCUAUUUCAGUUACCAAUUUCUUUGGAGAAUCAUCUUAGGAAGGAAUUAUUAGACUCUUUAAGUAAAAUAAAUAUUCCAGGAUAUUUCUUGGAGAUGAUUUAUGAAAAUGUGAACAAUCUCUCAGAUAAUUCAGAUUUACCUUAUGAAUCUGCUAAAUUUAUUCCAAAGAUAACAUCUCACUCUCAGUUGACAAAUUUAAUUGGUUAUUUUUUGUGGUAUUUGAAGUUUUCUGAAGUUCAUGAUAAAUCAGCAUAUUUAAAUAUUAUAGAUUAUUUUAAUAAACCACAAUGCGUUAGUAUUUUGGUGAAAUCAAAUUUCUCCUUUAUGCAAGCUUACAAGUCUGUUUUAGCUGUUUUAAGUUAUGAAAAUAAUAGAACAAAUAAAGAAGUAAUGGAGGCUUAUAUUUCUUAUGAAUCUUUAGUAAAACCUAGGACUAUUUCACCUGCAAUUGGCAUAAUACAAAGCAAUGAGAGCUGUUACUAUUUAUUACCAAGAGAAAAUUUUAUGAAUGUUGAAAUAAGGGAAUUAGUUACCUAUAACCUGCCAAAGAAAGCUAUAUUUCAAGGUGAUCUCUUAGAAAAUCAUACUUUUUCUGAAAAAGACAGAAACUUCAAAAUUUGUGAUAACAACUCCUUGACUGUAAAAAAUAGUUCGAAACAAAUUCAGGUCUCAAACUCUAACUCAGGUUCCAGCCAAAAUACUCAAAUGUUAUCUCACUUUUUAACUAUUAACACAAGUAAUAUUUUAUUAGAUUUGCAAGAAGCAAUGAAUGGAUACAAUGAGGUAUUGAUUAUAAAUAAUCUCGCGACUCUUUACUCUAUAGGGUGCAUUCCCUCUUCUUAUCCUGAUCCUUCUAAUUUAAAUGUAACCAUUCUAAAGAAUUCUAGUACAUUAGCAGGCACAAAAUCCUGUAAAUCCUCUCUUAAAGGAGGGGUCACUUCUGCUUUGAUUGAUGCUGCAUACAAACUUUUGUCUGAUAUAAACGAUGUUGAUUGGAUUUCAAAUACAAUUGACAAUGUAUGUAACUCUAUUUCUUGGAAUUCUUGCAGAAAUGGAUGGAGGAUUCCACAAUUAAACAGACUUUUAAAGAAAGCUACAUCUCUUGGAGUACACCAGCAACAUCUUCGAAAUGCUUACAGAAUUCUUGAAUAUCUUAGCUCUCUCUCUUACUAUCAAAUAACUUCUAAAAAAGAUCUUUUGGAGAGAUUUGGAGUAAAUUCAAGUGAAGGUGCCAUGGAAAUUGGAAUAAAUUUACUAAAAGGAGCUAGUGUAUUACCAGAUGAUAGUUCUAAUGAUUUACAAUUUACAGGUCUAAGUUCAGCUGUAAUUGAAAAACGGCCAAGCCUUAAGUAUCCAUCUGCUGCUUAUAUUCCUCAAAAUAAUGACUCACCCUGGCUUGGUGCUUUAAUAUUAGUUUCUUUUUCUCAACUUAGAUGCAUUCAAGGACUUCGUGAAAAUGGGACUUUUUUUAUAGAUAGAGAAUCUUCAACUACUAGGGGAAAUAAAGAUGCUGUGCAGUUUAGAAACAGAUCUUCAAAUUCACCUGUUAUAAAUAAGCCUUCUGGUAUAAAUAAGGCAAAGCUAACUUCAAGUUCAUCCUAUAACUACUUCAAGUUUUCUCGGUCAACCAUAAAACUGAAUAGGAUGAAAGUUAAACAAAUAGGCGAUGUAUAUGACCAACUUAAAUUUACGUGUAAACCAAUUAGGAAAUCUCUUACACUUCAGACUGACAAAAAACUAAAUAAAUUGGCUUGUAUAAUGUAUAAUUGCAUACUGGAAUUUUGUCAAGGAAAUAUCUUUAUAUCAGAUCCUUGUUUAAUGUAUGGAGUUAUUUACACUGCACUUAUAAAUCCUAGUCUCAUAGAUGAAGUUUACGUGCAAAUAAUGAAAAUACUUACUAAUAACCCAUAUAAAACUAUUGAGACUAUGGCUUGGAGAUUUUUACAAACAGUUUGUCAAUACCUGUCUCCUUCAGAAGAGCUAUUUUAUUAUAUUCGGCAAUUCCUCAUAGAUGCUAGAGGAUACUGUGAUGAUGAUAUUGCUAGAAUUUCUAUUCAAGCAUAUGAAGAUUUGAAUAUUACUUAUGUUCAUCAAAAUGAUAUUCUACCUUUUACUGGGGUGAUUUCAGACUCUUUUAUCCAGCUUAAUGUAUACUCAUUAGAUGGUUCAAAUCAUAGAAUAUUUGUACCAUAUAAUGCAAAAUUUCAGCAAGUUCUUGAAUCUGCUAUUCAUAUGUUGCAACUACCAAGUACUGAUGGAUGGUCUUUAUGGGAAAGGAAAUAUGACUACAGUGGAAAAAAUGAAACAAAUAGAAAACCUGACCAAGAUAGUAGAUUUGACGAAUAUCACAAGACACUAAAUACUAGGAAUUUUAUUUUAUCUAGCUUUUCUGAAUCUUUUGGAUUUAUUAUGAAUUAUGAGGAGAAGAGUCAAUAUCUUACUUAUUUAAUUGGACAGUAUGGUGGUGAAAAGUUUUUGGAUUACUUUGCUAAUAAAGCUACUGGGGACUAUGGUACCACUGUAACACGUAGAUUUGAUCUUAGAAAAUUAUAUAUAAGUAGUAUUAGAUCAAAAUACUAUGCUUUUAAGAGUGGAAAAAUUCCAAUUGCAAAUGCUGCAAUUCCGGGUGAUAUAUCUUGCCACUUUUCCCCUAAAUACCAAACAAUACUAAACUUGAAGUAUAUUUCAACUGAAACUUGUGUUUUGGAUUUUUACAAAAAGUAUAAAUCUGAUUCUAAACAUCCCUUUCCAGAAAUCUUCCUUCGCAGAAGUUAUUUAUCUCCAUUAAUGAAUGAUGAUAUUCCAUCUAACCAUCACACAUUUGUAAGGCUUGUUUAUUCCCAAUCUGUUAUAGAAUUCAUCUUCUAUCCGUUAUUUGAAGCUAAAUUUCUUUCUUUGUGUGAUAUAAUUCUAAACAUACUAUAUUUUGAAGGUAAUGCUGGAAGACUCUUAGAAAUAUAUAAACGAAAGAUUUCUAAUUCAUCCAAUAAAAACUCCAAUUCUACAUGCAAUUCUCUAUUGACAGAGAUAAAUGAAAAUGUAUUUUCACCUUUAUUGCAAUCUAGAGAUAUGAUAAACAAUUACACAAAAAAAGAUUCCGGUAAUUUUGGAUGCCACAGACCAAGGAAAUAUAAAUGGAAUGUGAAUUACUUUUGGGUUAUUCCUUUAAGAUAUAGGUGGAUAUACUCUAGGGGUAAAUUACUGCAAGGUAUAUUCAAUUCUUUAUGUAAUAACACAGAUAUUAGAAAUAGUAGCCCUCAAGUCAUAAAUAGAAUGAGAAGUCUCCCAAUAAGGCGGAGAUACACAACAAUAGAGAGUGCAUGGGAAAUUCAAUCUAUGUGUAAACUGAUAGACUCUAUGAAAAUAAAUCUUAAAGGAUAUGGUGGUAUUACUUGGGCAGUAGAAACGUGCAUUCUUGGUUUAAAUAUUUUGCAAAAUAUCUCUCUUGUCUAUAGUAAUCCAUCAUUUGAAUUGCAGGUUGGUGGCCUUGGAAGACUAGAAAUGUCUCUUCCUAUCCUCAAUCCUAUUUUAAGACCAAGCCGUCUUGACAAAUUUUUAAGCUGUUUGAUAAGCUCUUUAAAUAAUAAUGCAGUAAAUUGGGAAAUAAUAAAUGAAACAAGAAAAAGUGGAUCUUCAAAGACUAACUUUAAUCAAAAUUCAAUAAUAAAUAGGCGGGUUCCAUGGAAUGACUUGAUUGCAUUUGAUCCAUGUUAUUUAUUUACUUUAACUAGAGAUCACUUAAUACUGUCAGCUUCUGAUUCCCCAUGGAGGGAUAGAGCAACUACAGAAUUCAAUUUAUACCAAAUACUUGGUAUUGAAUCUCUCAACAAUUUCUCUUUUGGUUUUGAUUCCUGUAUAGUUCUGGCUAUAGAAGUCAACUCUCUGCCUCAAAUUCUUUGUCUAAGGUUACGUGGAGGUAAUGUUGAUGACAUCUUAGAUGUAAUAUCUAAGGGGGAAUUAAAUAUUAAGUAA